AUGUUUUUUGAAAUUCAAAUUAGCCCUCAAUUAACAUGUGAUCGUGUAACUGUUUCUGCGUUAAUCGUUACACUGAUUCAUUUCAAGAGAAUGAAAGAAGGAAAUCAUCAUCAUCAUCGUGAUGGUGAAUCUUGUUCACAUGGAUUACAAGAAAAUCCAUAUUCUCAAAGUUUGGACGAAUUAGAUUUUCAAAGAUCAAUACAUUAUGCAUGCAUGUUGGGAGAUGUUGUUAGGUUAAAAACGAUGAUCUCGAAGAAAGGUGGUUCGAUACAUUAUUCUGCUCUUAAAGGUAAUUUUGAAAUUUGCAAAAUAUUAUUGGAUCAUGGAGCUAAUGUUAAUGUUAUAACACCACAACUUUUGUCAACACCAUUACAUCGUGCAUCUGUUAAUAAUCAUGUAAAAGUGGUGAAUCUUUUAUUAUCUUACGGGGCAAAACCUGAACUACAAGAUUCUGAUGGACAAACAGCUUUACAUAAAGCUUGUGAAAAUAAUUCAAAAGAUGUUAUUGAAAUUUUGAAAAAUUUUAAUCAAUUAUUAUUUAUUCAGGAUAAAAAAAAACAAACCCCAAUUGAUUGUUGUAAAGUUCAAGAAACAAAAUUGAUUUUUUCAUAA